AUGGCGAACGUAGUGUGGUUGAACGGCGAGGACGGAGGCCAGCAGCUCGGUCCUCCCAACUGGCCAAAUGAACCGCUGCCGGCUAACUCCGGCCAGAUCAUCACCAAGGGGCGCCGCCACCACCGUUGGCAACGUUCGCCGACCAAGAUCUCCAAAUUGGCGGCAGACCCGGUGCUGCGCUUCUACGAGGCCAACUUCUCCAUUUACGUGGUCGAGGCCCUCGAGGCAACUGGAUACGCCUCCUCCUCGCCGACAACCAUCCAGGCUCAGUGCUGGCCCGUGGCGCUCAAGGGAAGGGAUCUUCUCGCCGUUCUCGGAGCCGGAGUCGAGGGAAAGACCCUUGCCUAUCCCCUUCCAGCCAUCAUCCACGUCAUGCAUCAGCCGCCCCUGCAGCCCCAACAGGGUUUCCUCGCCUUGGGGCUGGCACCAACGCCCGAGAAAGCCCGCAAGAUUCAGCGGGAUUUGGGCGAAUUCGAGAGCCGCACCAACGUUCGUACCACGUGCUUCUGUUCCGGCAAUCCGACGGAUCGGCCACUCAGGGAUCUCCGACGCGGCUUUGAAAUCUGCAUAGCAACGCCCGGUCGUAUCUAUGCGUUCCUGGAGGAGGGCCAGCUGGACAUAGGCUGGUGUAAGUAUUUCGUGCUGGACGAAGCUGACCGUAUGGUCGACAUGGGGUUCGAGCAGCAGGUCCUCGCCAUCUCCAAGUACAUCAGGCCAGAUCGGCAGACCCUGAUUUGGAUAUCCAGGCGACCCAGGGAACUGUAUCGGCUGGCCGAUGCCCUUCUGAAGAACUACAUUGAGGAGCGAGUGGAUGACCUGGUGUCAAAGCUGCGGCUUCGAGACUGGGCCGUCGUCGGCCUUCACGGCGGAUUGACGGAGCGCGCCCGUGAUUUGGCGCUGUCCGCUUUGUGCAGAGGCAAGACCCCCAUCCUGGUGGUGACCGACAUGCCCGCGCGAGAACUGCGUUUCGAUGGCGGGCGCUACGUCGUCAACUACGACUGUCCGAGUAGCGCCAAUGCGUACGCACGCCCGAUAAACAACGCGUCGCACUCAUCAGGCCAGGCUGGUACGGUGUACACGCUUUUAGAGCCGUAA